AUGGGCCUCCACAACCCGCUGCCGUCGUCUAUGGCGUCGGAAUGCAAAAAGUGCGGCAAGAUCUUGACCUCCUUCAUCGACCCGCGUCAAGCAUUCAGUCCCGACAAGAUCAUUCCCCCCUCGAUCCUCGCCAACGCAAAGGGCCUCGCGAUCCUCACAGUCCUCAAGGCAGGCUUCCUCGGCUCCGGCCGUUUCGGCAGCGGUCUCGUCGUCUCGCGCCUCCCCGACGGAUCAUGGAGUGCGCCAAGCGCAAUCGGCACCGCAGGUGCAGGCUUUGGCGGACAGAUCGGCUUCGAGCUCACUGACUUCGUCUUCAUCCUCAACGACGCCAGCGCCGUCAAGACCUUCGCCCAGGCCGGCUCCCUUACCCUCGGCGGCAACGUCUCCAUCGCCGCCGGUCCCGUCGGCCGCAACGCCGAGGCAGCAGGCGCCGCCUCCCUCAAGUCCGUCGCCGGAAUCUUCUCCUACUCCAAGACCAAGGGCCUGUUCGCCGGCGUCUCGCUCGAGGGCUCCGUCAUCAUCGAGCGCCGCGACGCCAACGAGAAGCUCUACGGCACCCGCUACACCGCCGCCCAGAUCCUCACCGGCAGCGUCCGCCCACCCUCCCAGGCCGCGCCCCUCAUGAACAUUCUCAACUCGCGUGCUUUCAACGCCGGCCGCACGGGCCAGGCCGACGACGCCAUGUACAACGACGUCCCCGUCUACGACCAGGGUCACGAUGACGUAGUUUGGAACGGUCGCCGGGGAAGUGGAUACGGUGAGGGGGAGUUCAACAACAACCGCAGCAGUAUGUACGGUGGCGGCGCCGGCGGUGCCAGUGAGUUUGGCGGACCGAAGCGAUCCAGCACAUGGCAGGACGACGUCUACGACCGACCUACCGGCGACACCGGCUUCGGCGGGGUUUCGCGCUCCAACACGUUCGCGUCAAGAGGGGCCGACAGCUACGUCUACAGAGACAACCCGUCGCCCAACUUUGGUGCGGUGCCGGAUCAGAAGACCGGCCCGCCAGGCAGACCUGCGGCGCCGAAGCCGAACUUUGCGUCCAAGACGGCUAUGCUGAAGAAGAACGAGGCCGUUGCGCUGUUCACGUUCGAGGCUGACCAGCCCGGCGAUCUUGGUUUCAAGAAGGGCGACGUCAUUACGGUACUGAAGAAGACCGAGAACGAGACUGAUUGGUGGACUGGCAUGAUUGGAACGAGGCACGGCAUCUUCCCCAGCAACUAUGUCAAGCUGAAGGAAUAA